AUGCCAGAAUCAGAAAGUAUUAGUCCAAGCGCCCCAGAAGCUCUUUUAAGCGCAACUCCAUCUGAAUUGGUUGGUAAUACCGCUGUGGUUUCAGUUGAUGGAACGGUUGAUGAACCAUUAACUACUGCUACUGUCAAUGAGGAACAAUAUGAAGGUGCUAAAGUUAAUCCAAAACGUCUUUAUAUCUCCAAUGUUAGUUAUCAAACAACUGAAGAUGAUUUGAAAGAUUUAUUGAAGGAAUAUGAAAUUAUCUCUAUUAUUGUUCCAAGUCAAACUGUCAGAGGGUUUAAAUCAUUUCAUCAGAAAUCUUUAGGUAUUGCCUAUAUUGAAUUCACUUCUGAAGAAGAUGCAGAACUGGCCAAAACUGAAAUCAAUGGUAAGUUUGUUGAUGGGCGUGCACUUCGUGUUAAAUCUUUUGUUGAAUAUUCACCAGGUAAUAAAGUUAUCAAAAGAUCAAGAUCUAGAAGAGGUCCAUUUGGUAAAUCAAAAGAUGAUGUCAAAUCAGUCCCAGAAAAGAUUGAUGAAGAAGAAGCCACACUUGAUACUGGUGCUGCAGAAGGUAAUGAACAACAAGAAGCAUCAGAUAAUAUUGAAGGAGAUGAACCGGCUCUGUGUUGUGAAGAAGCUUCUGGUGAAUCUGAAGAAACUAAAUCUCAGUCCCCAAAUGUUGAAGAGAGAGAAGUUUCCAAAGAUACAGUCUUCAUAAGCCGUCUUUCUCCAAAAGCAACUGAUGGUGAUCUUCGUUUAUUCUUUCAUGAUUAUGCUCCAACUGAUGUUUAUAUCUUCAAGAAUCGUUUCAGCAAAAAGCAACACCCAUUGCGUUUCCAUCAAAGAUAUGUUUCUGCCUUAGUUACCUUAACUGUUGAAGAUGGUGUUCCUAAAGCAAUUGAAGCUUUAUCAAAUGAGAAGGUCAAAGGUAAGCCUGUUAUUGUCCGUGCAGCUUAUGUUUCAAAAAUUGAAGAUGUCAAAAAGGCAGCAGCAGCUCGUCAAAAGAAAAAUGAGAAGCUAGAGCAAGAAGCCAAUGCAGCAGCCCAAGCAGCGGUUGAAAAGUCUGAAGCUGAUAACCAUCGUGAUUCAAUUAAUGUUGUUCAAGAAGAUGAUGAAGGUUUUGAAGGUUUUGAAAAUGAGAAACCAGCUGUGCAAACUGUUGAAGCUUAA